GAGAAGCCGGCGGGCGGCGCGAGCUGCGGGGCGCGGCGGUGAGCGGCGCUGCACAGGUGGGGCGGAGGGCCCGGCCGCGGCAUUUCCCGCUCCCGGGGGGCGGCCGAGGGAGGGGGGAUGGCGGCCGGGUUCGGUGCGGCCGGGGCGGGGGCGGCGCCGUGGCGCGGGUCCGGCACACAAAGACCCCUUGUGCGGGCCGCCCGCACCGCGCCGAGGGGAGGUGGCCAUUUUCUGCCGCUCCGCAGCCGCCGCGCGGGGCCGGGCCGGGCCGGGGGCCGCUGCCCUUUGUCCUUCGGGCCCUGCCGAGGGGUCCCGGGGACGGCCCGGCCCCGACCCGCGCCCUUUUGUUCGGGGCCGGAGGGGUUCUCUCGAUCCCUUCGUUUUUUCCCUCCUCCCGUUGGCAGCGCCGGAUCCCUGCGUGGGAACCGCGCUCGUUUGGGCGCUCCAUGUAAAUGCCAUUGUUCGCGGCGCGGGGCGAAGCGCGGGAGCCUUUGUGUGGGCGCCGCGGGGAUGGGAGCGGCGCUGCGGGGCGGUGGGCGCGGGGCGAUCCGCGCUGCGGUUCCUUUCGGCCCCGCGCGUCCCCGCAGCGCGGCGCUGAGGCCCGGCGGCCGCGGGGCGGUGCGGGCGGUGCGGACUCCCAUCGCCGCGUGUCCUUCCUUGGCUGCUCGCUGCUUUUUCCUGGCUGAGGGCUGCCGCUAUUGCGCACGGGGUCCUCUCGGCGUUUUCCUUUCUCCGCGGGGCUCUCCUCGCAGAGGCUCUUCUGGAAUACUUUAAAUGUUGAGUCAUCGCCUCUGGGUUUGAAUUAGACGGUCUGUAGUGAGCGGUCUGCUCCUGCACCGGGGGUUCGGUGCCUUCCCGUUUGCCUUACGUUGAGGUUGGCCAACGUAACGAUCCUCCUCGCCGUGCGUGGAGGGAGGCACAACCAUUGUGCAUAACUGCACGUUGAAUGCGUUGCAGAGCUGCCAGCCGUGAUGUGAUGACGAAUGCGGUUUGCAAAACCUUCUCUGCUUUCACGGCUCGCCUGGUGGGAGAGAGGUCACCGUGUGCCCAGGGUAACUGAUAGAGGACACCUUCGCUUCCCACAAUGGCACAGCGAUCUGGGCAGGAAGAUCCCGAGAGAUACCUCUUUGUGGACAGGGCUGUCAUCUACAACCCUGCCACCCAGGCUGAUUGGACUGCCAAGAAGCUGGUGUGGAUUCCUUCAGAGCGCCAUGGUUUUGAGGCAGCCAGCAUCAAGGAGGAAAGGGGGGAUGAAGUGUUGGUUGAACUGGCAGAGAAUGGAAAGAAAGCCCUGGUCAAUAAAGAUGACAUUCAGAAGAUGAAUCCCCCCAAGUUCUCAAAGGUGGAAGACAUGGCAGAAUUAACCUGUUUAAAUGAAGCCUCUGUAUUGCAUAAUUUAAAGGAUCGGUAUUACUCUGGGCUCAUCUAUACCUAUUCAGGGCUGUUCUGCGUAGUUAUAAACCCCUACAAGAACCUCCCGAUUUACUCAGAAAACAUCAUUGAGAUGUACAGAGGGAAGAAGCGCCACGAAAUGCCACCACACAUUUAUGCCAUAUCUGAGUCUGCAUACAGAUGCAUGCUGCAAGACCGUGAGGACCAAUCCAUUCUCUGCACAGGCGAAUCUGGUGCCGGGAAGACUGAAAACACUAAGAAGGUUAUUCAGUACCUUGCUCACGUUGCUUCCUCCCACAAAGGAAGAAAGGACCAUAAUAUUCCUCCCGAAUCACCUAAACCCGUGAAACAUCAGGGGGAGCUGGAGCGUCAGCUUCUUCAGGCAAAUCCCAUUCUGGAAUCCUUCGGGAACGCGAAGACGGUGAAGAACGACAACUCCUCUCGCUUUGGCAAGUUCAUUAGGAUUAACUUUGAUGUUACUGGAUAUAUUGUUGGGGCCAACAUUGAGACGUACUUGUUGGAGAAGUCUCGUGCUGUUCGCCAAGCUAAAGAUGAGAGGACGUUUCAUAUCUUCUACCAGCUGCUGGCUGGAGCAGGAGAGCACCUCAAGUCUGACUUGCUGCUUGAAGGAUUUAACAAUUACAGAUUUUUAUCCAAUGGCUACAUCCCCAUUCCUGGGCAGCAAGACAAGGAUAACUUUCAGGAGACGAUGGAAGCAAUGCAUAUCAUGGGCUUUUCGCACGAUGAGAUCUUGUCAAUGCUGAAAGUGGUGUCUUCAGUGCUACAGUUUGGAAAUAUUUCCUUUAAGAAGGAGAGAAAUACUGAUCAAGCUUCUAUGCCAGAAAAUACUGUCGCACAGAAACUCUGCCAUCUACUGGGAAUGAAUGUUAUGGAAUUCACCCGGGCCAUACUGACACCACGCAUCAAGGUCGGCAGAGACUAUGUUCAGAAAGCCCAGACCAAAGAACAAGCAGACUUUGCAGUGGAAGCUUUGGCAAAAGCCACCUAUGAACGCCUCUUCCGCUGGCUUGUUCACCGCAUUAACAAAGCUUUGGACAGGACCAAACGACAGGGAGCAUCUUUUAUUGGAAUUCUGGAUAUCGCUGGAUUUGAGAUCUUUGAGUUGAAUUCCUUUGAGCAACUCUGCAUUAACUACACCAAUGAGAAGCUUCAGCAAUUAUUCAAUCACACGAUGUUUAUCCUGGAGCAAGAGGAGUACCAACGAGAGGGCAUAGAGUGGAAUUUCAUUGACUUUGGAUUGGAUCUGCAGCCUUGCAUUGACUUAAUCGAAAGACCUGCAAAUCCUCCUGGUGUGUUGGCACUACUGGAUGAAGAAUGCUGGUUUCCUAAAGCUACUGACAAAACAUUUGUGGAAAAAUUGGUCCAGGAGCAAGGAACCCACUCCAAGUUCCAAAAGCCAAGACAGCUGAAGGACAAAGCGGAUUUCUGCAUUAUUCACUAUGCAGGGAAGGUAGACUACAAGGCAGAUGAGUGGUUGAUGAAGAACAUGGACCCACUGAAUGACAACGUGGCUACACUCCUGCACCAGUCUUCUGACAAAUUUGUUGCAGAGCUUUGGAAGGAUGAGAUUCAGAAUAUUCAGAGAGCCUGUUUCUAUGACAAUAUUACUGGUCUUCAUGAUCCACCAGUGGAUCGUAUCGUGGGUCUGGAUCAGGUCACUGGAAUAACAGAGACUGCUUUUGGCUCUGCAUACAAGACCAAGAAGGGCAUGUUUCGUACUGUUGGGCAGCUGUACAAAGAAUCUCUCACCAAGCUGAUGGCAACGCUCCGAAACACCAAUCCCAAUUUUGUUCGCUGCAUCAUUCCAAAUCACGAGAAGAGGGCUGGAAAAUUAGAUCCACACCUUGUUCUAGAUCAGCUUCGUUGCAAUGGUGUUUUGGAAGGAAUAAGGAUUUGUCGACAAGGAUUUCCAAACAGGAUAGUGUUCCAGGAAUUCAGGCAGAGGUAUGAGAUCCUUACUCCCAAUGCAAUUCCAAAAGGUUUUAUGGAUGGCAAGCAAGCCUGUGAGCGCAUGAUCAGAGCCUUGGAGCUGGACCCCAACUUAUACAGAAUUGGACAGAGCAAGAUCUUUUUCCGAGCUGGUGUCUUGGCACACUUAGAGGAAGAACGAGACCUGAAGAUCACAGAUAUUAUCAUCUUCUUCCAGGCAGUCUGCAGAGGAUACCUGGCCAGAAAGGCCUUUGCAAAGAAACAACAGCAACUGAGUGCACUGAAAAUCCUGCAGAGGAAUUGUGCUGCAUAUUUAAAGCUUAGGCACUGGCAGUGGUGGAGGGUCUUCACAAAGGUGAAGCCUCUUCUUCAGGUGACUCGCCAGGAAGAGGAACUUCAAGCCAAGGAUGAAGAACUAAUGAAGGUUAAAGAAAAACAGACAAAAGUGGAAGCAGAACUUGAGGAAAUGGAAAGGAAACAUCAACAGCUCCUAGAAGAGAAGAACAUUCUUGCAGAGCAGCUACAGGCUGAGACAGAGCUCUUUGCAGAAGCUGAGGAGAUGAGGGCUCGCUUGGCUGCCAAAAAACAAGAGUUGGAAGAAAUUCUCCAUGACUUGGAAUCCAGGGUUGAGGAGGAGGAGGAAAGAAAUCAAAUAUUGCAGAAUGAGAAAAAGAAAAUGCAGGGCCACAUUCAGGACCUGGAGGAGCAGCUGGAUGAGGAGGAGGGAGCCAGACAGAAGCUGCAGCUUGAAAAAGUGACAGCUGAAGCUAAGAUCAAGAAGAUGGAAGAAGAGAUCCUACUGUUGGAGGACCAAAAUUCCAAAUUUUUGAAGGAAAAGAAGCUGAUGGAGGAUAGAAUUGCUGAAUGUACUUCUCAGCUGGCUGAAGAAGAAGAAAAGGCUAAAAAUUUGGCGAAACUGAAGAACAAACAGGAAAUGAUGAUCACUGAUUUAGAAGAGCGCUUAAAAAAGGAGGAGAAGACACGUCAGGAAUUAGAAAAAGCUAAGAGAAAACUGGAUGGUGAAACAACAGAUCUACAGGACCAAAUAGCUGAGCUGCAGGCCCAGAUUGAAGAGCUGAAGAUCCAGCUGGCCAAGAAGGAGGAAGAGCUGCAGGCUGCUCUUGCAAGAGGUGAUGAAGAAGCAGUUCAGAAAAACAAUGCACUUAAAGUGAUAAGAGAGUUGCAGGCCCAAAUUGCAGAACUGCAGGAGGAUCUUGAAUCUGAGAAGGCAUCACGCAACAAGGCAGAGAAGCAGAAAAGAGAUUUAAGUGAAGAGUUGGAGGCUUUAAAAACUGAACUGGAAGAUACCUUGGAUACCACUGCAGCACAGCAAGAGCUGAGGACAAAACGUGAGCAGGAAGUGGCUGAGCUGAAGAAAGCAAUUGAAGAGGAAACCAAGAACCAUGAAGCACAGAUCCAGGAGAUCAGGCAGAGGCAUGCUACUGCCCUGGAAGAGCUCUCUGAACAACUUGAACAGGCCAAAAGGUUCAAAGCAAACCUUGAAAAAAACAAGCAAGGCCUGGAGUCUGACAACAAGGAGUUGGCCUGUGAAGUGAAGGUGUUGCAGCAGGUCAAGGCAGAGUCUGAGCAUAAGAGGAAGAAGCUUGAUGCUCAGGUACAAGAACUGACUGCUAAGGUCACAGAAGGCGAAAGACUGAGGGUGGAGCUGGCGGAGAAAGCUAACAAGCUGCAGAAUGAGUUGGAUAAUGUCUCAAGUCUCCUGGAGGAAGCAGAGAAGAAAGGGAUCAAGUUUGCCAAGGAUGCAGCUAGCUUGGAAUCCCAACUUCAGGAUACACAGGAACUACUUCAGGAAGAAACCCGCCAGAAACUCAACCUGAGCAGCAGAAUUAGGCAGCUAGAAGAGGAGAAGAACAACCUGCAAGAGCAGCAGGAAGAGGAGGAGGAGGCCAGGAAGAACCUGGAGAAACAGAUGCUAGCCUUGCAGGCACAGUUAGCAGAGGCUAAGAAGAAGGUAGAUGAUGACCUGGGAACAAUUGAAGGUUUGGAGGAAAAUAAGAAGAAAUUACUGAAGGAUAUGGAAUCCUUAAGCCAACGCCUGGAAGAGAAGGCAAUGGCUUAUGACAAACUAGAAAAGACAAAGAAUCGCCUGCAGCAAGAGCUGGAUGACUUGAUGGUAGAUCUGGAUCAUCAGCGCCAGAUUGUUUCUAACCUGGAGAAAAAGCAGAAGAAAUUUGAUCAGAUGCUGGCAGAAGAGAAGAACAUUUCUGCUAGAUAUGCAGAGGAGAGAGAUCGUGCUGAAGCAGAGGCAAGGGAGAAGGAAACGAAAGCACUGUCUCUGGCUCGGGCUCUGGAAGAAGCCCUGGAAGCAAAGGAAGAAUUUGAGAGACAGAACAAACAAUUGCGUGCAGAUAUGGAGGACUUAAUGAGUUCUAAAGAUGAUGUGGGCAAAAAUGUCCAUGAGCUGGAGAAAUCCAAGCGAACUUUAGAGCAACAGGUUGAAGAGAUGAGAACUCAACUUGAGGAACUGGAAGAUGAACUACAGGCCACAGAAGAUGCUAAGCUUCGUUUGGAGGUGAACAUGCAAGCUAUGAAAGCCCAGUUUGAGAGAGAUCUGCAAGCCAGAGAUGAGCAGAAUGAAGAGAAAAAGAGGAUGCUGGUCAAACAAGUGCGAGAGCUGGAGGCAGAGCUGGAGGAUGAGCGCAAGCAGAGGGCUCUUGCUGUAGCAGCCAAGAAGAAAAUGGAGAUGGAUCUGAAAGACCUGGAAGGUCAGAUAGAAGCUGCAAACAAGGCUCGAGAUGAAGCCAUCAAACAGCUGCGUAAGCUCCAGGCUCAAAUGAAGGACUACCAGCGGGAGCUGGAAGAAGCCCGUGCAUCCAGAGAUGAGAUCUUUGCACAGUCCAAAGAGAGUGAAAAGAAACUCAAAGGUCUCGAAGCGGAAAUACUUCAGCUCCAGGAGGAGUUUGCUGCAUCUGAGCGAGCCCGUCGUCACGCUGAGCAAGAAAGGGACGAGCUGGCUGAUGAGAUUGCAAACAGUGCUUCAGGAAAGUCUGCGCUGCUGGAUGAGAAGCGCCGGCUGGAGGCUCGCAUUGCACAGCUGGAGGAGGAGCUGGAAGAAGAGCAGAGCAACAUGGAGCUUCUCAACGAGCGGUUCCGGAAGACCACACUGCAGGUUGACACGCUGAAUUCUGAGCUGGCCGGGGAGCGGAGCGCUGCACAGAAGAGUGAAAAUGCACGGCAGCAGCUGGAGAGGCAGAACAAAGAGUUGAAAGCCAAGCUGCAGGAGCUGGAGGGAUCUGUGAAGUCAAAGUUCAAGGCAACAAUUUCUACUCUAGAAGCCAAGAUUGCUCAGCUAGAAGAACAGCUUGAGCAGGAAGCAAAGGAAAGAGCAGCUGCAAACAAACUGGUGCGGCGCACAGAGAAGAAAUUGAAAGAAGUCUUCAUGCAGGUGGAGGACGAGCGCCGACACGCAGACCAAUACAAGGAGCAGAUGGAAAAAGCAAAUGCCAGGAUGAAGCAGCUGAAGCGCCAGCUGGAGGAGGCUGAGGAGGAAGCCACACGUGCAAAUGCUUCCCGACGUAAACUGCAGCGUGAGCUGGAUGAUGCCACGGAGGCAAACGAGGGCCUGAGCCGGGAGGUCAGCACCCUGAAAAACAGGUUAAGGAGGGGCGGCCCCAUCACCUUUUCCUCCAGCCGAUCCGGGAGGCGCCAGCUGCACAUCGAAGGGGCCUCCCUGGAGCUCUCGGACGACGAUGCGGAGAGCAAAGGCAGUGACGUGAAUGAAGCGCAGCCGACCCCCGCUGAGUAGAGCCCCGCACACCAUUGCAUGCAGAGACCUUUACACCACAGUCGGCAGAGCGAGGAGGACUUUCCUGACCACCAGACUGCCUUGUGGCCCUAAAUCUGCCUUACAAAAUGUCGGCAUGCUACAAGGUUACUUACAAUAGGUCAACUAUGUCUUAAGGCUCUCCAGCCUCACCAUACUGUACCCUGCUUCAGAUAUAGGUACAACUGCUUUUUUUUACAUAUAGUAACAAAAUGGGAUCGUCUCUGUUCAGUGCAUCUAUUUUCCAGACACUCAUUGUAAAGCCAUUUUAUAAAGCAUCAUGUGAAGGAUGAAACUUUCUGUAUUGGUUAAAAAAAAAACACAAAACUUCAUUCCCGGAGGGUAGGUGGUUGGGACAGCCCCAUUGUCAUGGCUCCGCAUGCUUUGUACAGACAACAUCCUUCCAUCUCUCCUGUGCUCGGGCAGCCCCCGGCUGCACUGAGCCCGUUGGAUCAUUGAAGACCAAACUGCACCCGCAUCUUUUCUUUUCUCCUAACUGUUGUGAUCGGCACACAAUCAGUGAGUGAACUGUGAAGAGCCUUGGGAAGCAUUAGAGGGAAGUGUAGGGAUGAGUGAGUAGCGUCCAUUUUUUAACCCUCAGUACCAUUUUGGAGUGUUCUCAGCACCUGCUUCAUCCAUUAGUGUCAUGCAGUACAGGCAAACAGCGUCACCGUUCCUCUCUGUACAGUACUUUGCAGCUGUAGCAUCCUGCUCUUCCCACGCCCAACAGGUCUGUAUAUAUAUAUUAAGGCUAGUACAAUGUGAACACCAGUGGAAAACAAGCAUACAACACAGGCACAGUAAUUUAUUAACUUCAGGCUGAGCGCUCUUCGGGACGCUGCCAUGGCCGUGCUCACAGGGCUGCGCAGAGGGAUGCUGCCUGCCUGCAGUUAACAUGCCAGUGGAUGUGAAUCCUUUUUUCGUUGUUGUUGUUGUUGUUGUUUUUUAUUUUGAGCAGUAUUACAGCGAGUAGUUAGCGUUCUUUUUGUUUCAAUAGCUGAAAAACUGACAUUACAGAAAGUGCCUUAGACACUACAGUACUAAGACAAUGUUACAUAUAUAAUUUGCCUAUAUAACGAUGAUUUAAUGUAUUAAUUUUGACUGUGCUUCAUAUCAUGUACCUCUCUAGUCCAAGUGGUAUUAUGGAUAUUAGUGACAAUGAAUCAGUGUUAAUAGGAACCUUCCUCUGCCACACGCUCAAACAAAAAGAUACGGAUUUCCUUUUUUUGGUUAAAAGCUUUAACAUCUGUCGCAAAGGUUUUGUUGUGUGUGUUUGGGUAUUUUUAAUCAAACUGGCUGUUGACCACCAGGCAUCUGACUGCAAAUAUCUUGUUUUCUUGUAUACCCAUAUUUCUAGACAAUGAUUUUUGUAAGACAAUAAAUUUAUUCAUUAUAGCUGUGGCCGCCUGCUCUGUUUACUUACAGGAAGAGCUAUUUCUUGAGGCUGGCAUAGACCUUAAUAAAUGAGAAUAUGGCUGGAA